AUGGAUGGAUUUUCAACUGAGCAACCGCAGGAGAUGAAUCUGAACCGAUGGGCUUUCGGGGACCAACCCAAUAUGUUUCCUGACGCCCACACAUCCAUGUAAGUGUGAUUUUCUAGAAAAAGCAGUCAGGGACCACUUGGAUCCACAUAUCUCGGGACCAGACGAACUUCAAACCAAGUACAAGAGGCCUGCAAAGUUUGGUCCCGAUCGGAUCAUUGCAAGUGGUCCCAAAGUGUUUCGUCGUGUCCUUGUCAGUUUCGCUUGCGAGUUUUACACUAAAUCACCGAAAAAAACGUGGAAAAAUCAUCGAAAAUCCACACAUUUCCAGUUUCCGAUAUUGUAAACUCACUGUUUCAGGUACAAUACUCCUCCAACCUAUUCGCAAUCGUCCUAUUAUAUUCCAACGUCAUCCGCUUCCUACAAAACCCGCCAACCGUCGAAUUUCCCUCGAAAUCCGAUGACGUUCGAUGAGAAUUUGAAGGAAAACGGCAAAAAGUAUGCGACAGACACGACGUGAGUGGUUUGAAAUUACUGUUUUAGCGAAGAUGCAAAAUCAGGUUGGUCGCGAUGAAAUUCGUUGAAAAAGGAGUCAAAACGCUAAACGUUCCGCUAUUGUAGACUCGCUUUUUCAGGCGCACUGCUCCGUCGCUUUAUGAAAGAAUGACAUCGAUUUAUGCGCCCGCAGCGAUGAAUCCGGCGUGUGCGGUGUGCACGAAACCAGCGAGCGGAGUCCAUUUCGAUGUGCUCGCUUGCGAGGGGUGUAAGGGAUUUUUCCGACGAUCCGUAACCCAAAAGAUCAGUCCGAUGUGUCCGAACGGCCGCAACUGCACGGUAAGGCACUUUUUCUCGAAAAAAUCGGUCGUUUUAGGCCUAAAAGCUUGUCUACACUUUUACGGAACGAAUUUUAGGAAAAUGGCAACCGGUCUGACUGUAAUUGUACAUUUUCAGCGGACAUUCGAGGGAUACAUCACGGAAGGACGGCUCUGGUGCAAUCAUUGCCGCUACAGACAGUGUUUGGAGGCCGGAAUGAAUCCGGAACGGAUUGGAUCGCGAUUUCUGAGGGACAAGAGUUGGAUCGACAAGUUGAAGGAGAUGAGGAGAGCUACUGGACAAUAA